GCCUGUGCGCAUGUGCAGCGCAUCCCUCUCCCACACAGGCCGGGGGCAGGGAAUCAGGAGCCUUUCUGCACGGGGCUCCUACAGCCCCUGCCCGCGCAGGGGGCCCGGGGACAGGCCCUGCGCCCCUCAGGAGCAGUUCCCGGGGGCGACCCGCUGCCUUGCACUGCUGGUGAUUCCACCCCAGAGGCACUGCUGGGUCUGUUUCGCCACGGAGCGGGAGGACCAGGCGGCCGAGUGGGUCUGCCCCUGCCGCUGUAAAGGCUCCACCAAAUGGAUCCACCAGGCCUGCCUGCAGCGCUGGCUGGACGAGAAGCAGAAGGGCAACAGCACGGGCAGUGUGAGCUGCCCGCAGUGCGGCACCGAGUACCACAUCGUCUUCCCCACGCUGGGGCCCCUGGUGUAUUUCCUCCACCAGGUGGAUCGGGUCCUGUCCAGAGCCAGCCCCUUUGCCAUGGCUGGCAUCGUGGUGGGCACGGUGUACUGGUCAGCUGUCACCUAUGGGGCCGUCACUGUGAUGCAGGUGGUCGGCCAUAAGAAGGGGCUGGACGUGAUGGAGCGGGCCGACCCCCUCUUCCUGCUCAUGGGGCUGCCCACCAUCCCCGUCAUGCUGGUGCUGGGCAGGCUGAUCCGCUGGGAGGACCACGCGCUGCGCCUCUGGCAGAAGCACUGCAGCAAGCUGCAGGCCCUGGUGCCAGGCAUCUAA